AUGAUUUUAAAGAAGAAGUUGUUAUUUUUAAAAAUUUUGAUUGUUUUAUUUUUCUUUUAUAUUAAAUAUUAUAUUUGUUUUUUUUUUAUUAAUAAUUCAGAAUGGUGUUUGCAUAAACUUGUGGGAAAAACUUUUCGAGUAUAUGUGUCUCGACCUGCUCAAAAAAAAAGUAAUCAAUUAAAAACAAAAAUUAUAAUAAAUAAAAGAAAGAAAGAAGAAAAUGAAAAAAGUAAUAUGCGUAAAAAUGAUUAUAAAUCAUCUUCACAAUAUAAAUUAAUUGAAGAAUUAAUAAAUGAAUAUCCACAUAAAUUAUCUUAUACCAAUUUAAAAGAUGAACCUUUUAUUAUGCUGAAUGAUAAAUUAAAUUCAAAAUAUAUUAAAGGAUAUGAAUUACCAUUUAAUUUAAUAAAUCCCAUAAAAUAUGAAUUAUUAAAAUUAGUAGGAAAAAUAUGUGAUCCUUUUAAACCUUUAUGUUGUUAUUCUUUAACUCCUAAAAUAUUUAUUGAUAAAAUGUUUAAAGAUAAAAGUUCGAUUACAUAUGAUAUGUUCUGUUAUAACUUAGAAUAUAAAUUUAAAUUUUAUAUGCCUUCCUACACUGAAAUAUUCAAAUUUGAAAAAGAAUUAUUGUGGAAAUUAUAUAUGACAGUCAGAAAUUUAAAAGAAGUGUCUCCAUAUACACCUUUAAAUGAUCAUGAACGUGUUCAUAAAAUUUUACAAGAUGAUGAAACUACUUUACCUAUUACCAUUUGUAAAGUAAAUAAAGAAAUUCAUAGACAAGGUAUUCAUCCAUCUAUCCUAAAAAUGUUUUUUGAUUUUCUAAAUAUAGAAAAAAUGAAUAAUAUAUUAAAAAGAGAUAAUGCAUUUCUAAAAUUAGAAACUAUUAAAAAUCAAAUUAAAAAUAGAGAUUUUAUGGAAGGUAUUAGACCUGAUUAUCUAUAUAUUAUGUUCUCAAAAAAUGCAAAUGAAUAUUAUAAUAAUUUUAAUCAUAAACAAUAUGAAAAAGAAUUUUUAGAUUCAAUCAAUUAUAAUACAACCGCUCAAAAAAUGAUUAGCGAAAAUUCUCUAUACAAAAAAAAAAGAAAACAAUUUUCUGAAGAAACAAAAACAUCACUUAUGAAAUUUUAUGAUAUUCAAUUGCCAUCAUUCUUUAAAGAAUAUAUGAAAAAGAAAGAUCAAAAACAUAAAGAAAUAUAUGAAAAAAUUAAAAAAAUGAUACAUAAUAAAUAUCUAAAGAGAAAACAAAGGAGAGAAGAUAAACUCGCUGGAAAAAUAUCAAACCAAGAAACAAACUCCGAUACUCAAAUGGAUGCAAAUCUAGAUGAAAAGAAGAAAAAAAAAAAAAAAAAAAAAAAAAAGUGA